AUGGCCUAUACUGACGAUGCCGUGAAGGCAAAGCUGUCAGCUCUCAACGAGACACAGGAGUCCAUUGUCACUGUUGCCCAAUGGGUCAUGUUCCAUAGGCGACACGCAGACAGGACAGCCCAGCUUUGGCUAGAGAAACUACGCGAUGCAAACCCGCCAAAGAGGCUCAAUCUUAUCUACCUAGCUAAUGAGGUUGCUCAACAGUCAAAGGGAAGACGCAAGGAGGACUUUCUCAUUGCAUUCUCGCCGAUUAUUGCGGAUGCGACUGCAACUGCUUUCAAGGGUGCUUCAAACGAGAUCCAACAGAAGCUAAGACGUGUGGUAGAAGUCUGGAGACAGCGUUCCAUUUUUGAGAAACCCAUACAAGACGCCGUUGAAGCACGGGUCGAAGGUGCGUAUCUAUUGUAUAAUGCGCUACAUAUCUUCCCCAGUGUACAUUGUGGGCUAAUAUUGGAAAUUCUAGAGAUCGAUAAGUCUAAGCCCGCAGGGAAGAAGCCUCUCCUAGGUGGUUCCCUCUUCUCGAAUUCUCCAGGUUCGCUGCCUCAGGAGCUCCAGCCUCUUGCUCCAUUACAAAUUGCGACAUCAAAGGCUUCCGUUUCCUCCAACGCUACCGUGACAAUUGCAAACACCGAAUAUGACAAGCUGAACGGUCCAUCUGCUGAGAUUCCUACUCCUCCCGUAUAUGCAGCUCGAUUAAGCACGCUUCUUAAGACGCUUGCUAAUGCUGAAAGCUCCGUGUCCGAGGUUAUAAAGUGCCGCCAAUCACUUAUAGAGGGGCUUGAAAAGGUUCUCGACACCAACAGGGCAGCUUUGGUAAAGGAAAAAUCCCAGGUUGAGCAACUAUCGUCCCGUAGAACGGAGACGGAAAACAAGAAACGAGAUGUUGAAGACGCCAUAAUUCGUGGACUUACCGCAGAUGACCCAUCAGCACAACAAUCAAAUGGAGGUGCAGCGUGGCCAGACCACAAGAACUCGUUUGGGGGUGAAGAGCCGGAAGCUCCUGCUGUUGAGGCACUUACACCUCCCCCAGUUGAAGCCUUGACUCCGGUUCAAUCACCCACGCUAAAUCCCAGCUCAAACAACCAGAAUGAGCAGCACCCAUCUACUAUACCCAGUCAUACAAAGCAACCAUCCACGGGGAAUUUUGGAGAUCAAGAGCAAAUGGCUUCCAUUGACUUGAAUGCCACACUCUCUUCACUCCAAGCUGCCACUAACACGCCCUCCAACGACACUUCUGCCAGUGAACUAGCCACUAAAAAGCGGAAAGUUAGUCACGCCCAGGAUAGCUACCCUGAAUUCGAAGGGGGAGACGCCAUGGCUGAUCUAGAUGCAGAUGUAGCUGAGCUAUUGAGGCAAGAAAGCAGUAAGCACUAG